CGGCAGCGCACCGUCCCUUCAGUUCCCUUCCCUCUACUCAAAAACCUGCACGCGCUACACCACUCUGCCUGCCUCUAUAGCGAGAACACCAGCAAGUGAGCAGCUACGGACAAGCCACGCACUCGCACCUACACGAACACCGGGAGGAGGAGGGAGACUCCAAUGUCCAAUCCACGGAUGACAGAUCGAAGGCAGGCCGACUCGCCGCCGUCCAAGCUCCCCCGCCUCUCCGGCGCCGACGCCUAUGACGGGGCGGUGACCGUGGCGGCGACCGCGACGGCGCCGCUGGUUCUUGGGCUGGGUCUCGGCGUGGGCGGCAGCCGCAGCGACAGCAGCGGGAGCGACGCGGAGGCGACGCCGCCGCCGGCCGUGAGGCGGCCGGCGGCGGCGGCGCUGACGUUCAUGCAGCGGCAGGAGCUGGAGCACCAGGUGCUCAUCUACCGCUACUUCGUGGCCAGCGCCCCCGUGCCCGUCAACCUCGUGCUCCCCAUCUGGAAGAGCGUCGCCGCCUCCUCCGCCUCGCAGCGGUUCCCGUCCCUGGCGGGUCUGGGGAGGCUGUGCUUCGACCACAGGAGCAGCAUGGAGCCGGAGCCGGACCGGUGCCGGCGCACGGACGGCAAGAAGUGGCGGUGCUCGCACGGCGUGGUGCCGGGGAGCAAGUACUGCGAGCGGCACGUCCACCGAGGCCGCGGCCGUUCAAGAAAGCUUGUGGAAGCGGCGGCGGCCACCUCAGCCGUCCCGAUCCGUGCAAUCCACGCCGCCGACGCGCAGGCUGGGAGCACCAACGCGCACGCGCCGCAACAGCCGCAGCCGCAGCAGCGCCUCGGCUUCGCCUCCCCCGCCGGCGUCUUCCUCGCCCACGGCACCGCCCGUGCCACCUGAUGUCCGCAUUCCUCGCUAGUGAUCGUUUGCUUGUUCGUUAGGAUUUUUAGGAGGAACUGGAACUGAAAAUCUCCGAGGAUUAUGCUGUCUGUAAUCUUUUAUUUGCGCCUUGACCAGGCCUCGGUGUUGGCGGUUCGUCAAAGCUCGACGGCAUGCGUAGGCUGCCUUGUUUACUGCAACUCUGUAGUAUGUGCCUGCGCGCAGCAGCGACACAGACAGACUGACAUGGCUGAA